UUUUGCACAGACACCUUCAAGUGUAGAUGCAGAAUGACGCACACCACAUUGCAACAGACAAGACAAGCCAAAAGAAUCUUCCCACCAUUUAAAGAUCUCAUGUAUUGGACUCCAGACAUUUCCACAGACCAUAAGAGAGAGAAGCAGUCAAAAAUAUAAUCAAACAUCCUUCAGAAUCUGGCAUUGCUUGUCAAUCUAACGCAUGUUUUUCUACAAAAAAAAACUCCUGUUUUCAGCUCUUUCCCAAUAAGUCUUUUGUUAAUUGGAUUUGAGGAGUUGAUGGAUCUAAAAGUUUUUGUAUGCCCAUGCAGACAUGAUCUGAAUACAUGGCAAACAACAUCUAUUUUUGUUAGUCCUCCUUUUUUUAUUUUUGCUUUAAUGUAUCUUAUUCUAAGACCUUUUAAACAUGAUUGGUUUCAUUGUUCUCAAAGAGAGAAUGAUACUCGGCAUAGCUGGCCUAAAGCUUUAGCACAUUGUCUGAUGCCAUCUUUAAUGUGAGUCAUCAUCUUGUUACUUGAUGGUGAUUAUAUUGCUUGUGCCAUGACAGACUGGAAGGGAGUUUAUGUGUUUGAUGUUGAGCUCAACAGGUCGUGGUGUAAACCCAAUGGUGACAUGCAAAAUGAGGCAGAGCUCCGAGAUUUGAAUCGCCAGUAUAUUCAUCAAUCACAGCUUACAGGUUACUUCAUAAGCUUUGUCUUAAGUGUAUUAACAAUAACCUUAAUGGUUAUUUAUGACUGCCACAUAAGUGGAAAAUGUGACUUCUGCCCAAAAUACUGCAGACAAACAGCAGGGACACAGACUGAGGAACAAGGUUCUGCUACAAUGGGACAAGAACUGCAAGUGUCAGGGAGUUUUGCUACAACAGGACAGCAAGAGUCAUGGAGUUCUGCCUCAAUAAAACAUAAACAACAAGGGGCAGAGGGUUUUGCUGCAGCGCCAUGGCAAUUAGACAGUUCUGAUACAGUGCGACAAGAAAAGAAAGGGUUAGGGAGAUCUGCUCUAGCAGGACAUGGACAACAAAGGUCAGUGAGUUCUGCUCCAAUGGGUUCUACAACAAUAAAACCGGAAUGGCAAAAGCUACUGCCAUUGCCACACCAGGGGCACCAUCAAAUGAGCAACUUGCAAAUGAGCAAUGUGCACAUUUCUUAAAGCAAGUCUCUUUUAAGGGGAAAAUACCUUUUUGUGAAAUGAUUUGCUUGGAAUAGUCUGUUUCUGUAAAGCAUGUUUGAAUGGAGAAAAAA